CGCUAUCCUGGUGUGUGGUCCUGGGCUCCGGCUGUGCAGCGCUCACAGGGAACCUGGCAGAGUCAGGCACUCAACUCUGUCCUGCCUUUCCAAGCUAUUCUAAUCCACUGGCUUAGACUCACCGGGAGGAGUGUGUGCCUGUCUGACUUUGUUCUUCGCCAUGGCUUCUCACAAGACCUUCAGAAUCAAGCGCUUCCUGGCUAAGAAACAAAAGCAAAAUCGUCCGAUUCCACAAUGGAUUCAGAUGAAAACCGGCAAUAAAAUCAUGUACAACUCCAAGCGGAGACACUGGAGACGAACCAAAUUGGGUCUAUAAGGAACCACACACCACACGUACUUACUAAGCUGUCUGAGGGUUAUCAUUAACAUACUGUACCAGGAUCACAGCAUUACCAUUGUCUGGACAGCUGAGUAUGUUCAUUAGGAAUGUUUUCUUUCUUUCUGUGCUCUUGUGGGUUCAUUCAGUAGUUGAAUAAUAAAUAUGGGAAACCUUUUGUUUAGAAGAAAA